AUGUCGGCUCUACUGCCGCCCGUGAGCUUCCAAAUCAUUUCGGGGAACGGGGAAGCCAUACCUGUAGAAUCCUCGGCAAUUGAAGAAAUCAGUAACAACCAGGCGGUUUAUCGAAUUGUUGCCGUUUUCGGGCGCCAAAAUGGAGGAAAGACUACCCUCAUCAAUCAUCUUACCGGAAGCACUAUGCCUGUUAUGAGGGCAGGCGUCCGGCAAGCGACCACGCAUGGAGUUCAUGCUGUCAUUUUGAACCAGUGGCAACUACUCAUUCUUGACUUUGAGGGGACCGAUAGCAGUCAACAGGCUGACCCUAAAUUGACUGGAACAAUGCUUGGUCUCCUCGCUAUGGUCACUUGCGACCUCGUUGUUAUCAACGUUAAUGACUCGGAACUUGCACUUGAUCAAGGCAGUGGCUUCCCAUUGCUUCAAGCAAUCAUCAAGGCAAAAUUCAAUUAUGCAAGGAUAUCAAAGUCAAGGCACCAACGCACAGGCAUUUUGUUUGCCAUUCGUGACUAUGACCCAGAGGCGGACAUGGCCGGUGAAGAUUCGACUCUGACCUGGCUUCAGAGCAGAUGCAAGGAAGAAUGGGCUAAAGUGCAGGAAUUGGAUUAUGAUGAGAGUUUUUCCUUUGACGAACACUUCACUGUGGAUAUUCAUAAAUUCCCUCAUGCAGAGGGCAUCAAGAAGCAAGCUGACUGCGAAGUUGCCCUUGCUCAACAGGGUCUAUCCCAGGGCCAGUGUCAGAAAAUCUAUGAUGAUAUGGCCUGUCAACUCCACAGUCUAUUUUUGGAAUGUCGAUCCUCGCUUCCGCCGUUGUUUGAGGGGCCGGCGCAAACUCGCACGCAGGUCCUUGAAAUCGAACACAAAAUACAAGAUGAAUAUGACUGCAGAACCGCGUCAUAUUCGGUUCAGGAUGCCCUUCAGUAUGCCACCCGACUCAAGGCUGACUUUGGAAGCCUCCGUGACGACUUAUACAAAAGGCAGUUGGAUCAACUCAAAACCGAUCUUUUGCAAGAUGCCACACGUCAAUAUGACAACAAACGUAAAGAAUCAGCAGCAGAAUUUGGUAACUUCCUAUCUGGCAUCAAGGGUUCAUGUAUCAAGCGGUUUGAGAGUGUGACCCUCGAUCUAGGUGCUACUACAAUUCCAGGCAUAUCGGAGAUCAGGAAAUGUCUCGAGCAGGAUCUCAUUAAAUUUGUCAUGACAGGAAAAUCCCGCUUUAUGAAACACAUACUGGGUCACCUCCAGACAACUUCCAGCAUCAAGAUCAAAGAAAUUGUUCGCCUGGCAUUUGUCAAUAUCGUGGCACCCUUUUGGCUACCCCUUCUCGGAAAUAUACAGGCAGCCUGCUUGGCACAGGUCGAGCAGUUAAAAGAGUGCGCUGAUUAUCUCUCUUUGGACUCGGCCGAAUGCGACACGUACCAGAGUCUACUUCACUCACAUCAAGUACGAGCCUUCAAGAUUGCCUACUCCUCGCAUACAACAGAGGGUGAACUUGUCAGAAUGAUGCUUGACAAAGCGAAUAGGGUAAUGGGGAAGGAUCUACUCAACAAUGAGCAAGAAAACAUAUCCAGUGCCUUCGAUCUUGGUCGUCAUACGGCACAGAAUCUUCUGUCUAUGCUCUCGACAGUUGAAUACGAUGCCGAAGUCAGCUCUUUCUACCGUCAACUUGAAAACAGUGGGACAGAAGGCUCCGAUGGCACAACUCUGAUCCAACCUGCUAGUCGGGAGCGAGUUCAUAAAGAGUUCACGAUGACAUUUAAGUGUCGUGAAGAGGAAUGGAUAGCGAAACUCAGGAAAAAGGCAGAGAGAGAGGCUGAAGUGUUGCGAAAGGAGGCCGAGGAGAAGAGAUGGCAGGCCGAAAUGCUUUUGAAAGGACUCAAAUUUGCGGCUGACGCUAUGGUUACUUUGGCUUCCCUCCCGGAUUAG